UUGAAUUUGUAUGUUCCAGCACUCGCAACGGACAAGGUGGAUGUACAUCGUCUCAAAGUCUUCGAAGCAAUACGAGCAACGGACGAAGCGCUGCUUGCUUUACAGCAAAGAGGCGGUUCGAGGCUUACGGUGAUAACUGGACGCGGUAGACAUCCUACUGGAGGCAAUUCCGUCGUGAAGAACGCGAUCAUAGAUAGGAUGAAGUACUUUUAG